AUGGGCCCACCCACUCAAUCGCGAAAGCGCAAGGCCCUGACUCUUCGCGAGGCUGACUGGGAGCCGUACAAAGCUCGUAUCCUGGAAUUGUUCACUACACAAGAGCUGCCGCUGCCGAAAGUGAAGCAGAUUAUAGAGGAAGAGUAUGGGUUCAAAGCUGAACUCCGGCAGUACCGAUCACGUAUCAAUCAGUGGGGAAAAGACAAGAACGUGAAGACGCAUGAGAUGCAGGCGAUCGUGCGGAAGCGCCAGAAGAGAAUGCUUGUCGAGACAGGCAAAGGCCAGCUCAAGUUCGACGUGCGAGGGAAGCCGGUAGAGCGGCAGAAGAUCGAGCGGUGGAUGAAGAGAAACAGUGUGGUAGAGAGCGCUCUGUACGCGCCUAUUCCAGCAGCACGUAGGUCGAGCACAAGCCUGACAGAAGCCUUUCUGCUCUUGCUGAUACGACAUAGCCACACCAUCUGA